GGCGUGCGGCAGUCAAUGGCAGCGGCCGCGACGGCUGGCGGACGAUGGCUGGCAGGGGACUCCUAUAAUACCCGUGUUCGGGGCAGCAUGGCUCACAAAAUAGGACUGAACGACACGCAGUACGAGCCAGACAUCCGCGGUGAAGUGGACUUCGGUUUUUUCGACAGUGAUGACGAGUUAGAAAGGACGAAGGGCAGUGAAAUGGUCAGUGGCUCGGCUCGCCUAAGCUCGGUUCUCGGGGCCUCCUCCCCCGGCGCCAGGUCGGGCCUGCUCUCCCGUUGCGCCGAGGACGCGUCUUCCCCUGCUGCCGGGCCGUCGGAAGGUCAGCGGCGGGCGCAGGAGGCGGCGAGGGACGAGGACAGGCGGCGGCGUGGCAGAGCGAGCCCCGGCGCAGGCCAGGCAGGUAGUGCGAGUUCCCCCGAGGCCGAGGCCAUGGAGCGCGUAGACCCCGGCCCUUACAGCUCGGACGAGUGGGAGGAGAGUGCCGCGAGUGACACGGACGGCGACCACAGUGACAGCAGUGACGACGACGACCCCAAGUCCCAGGUGGACAGGCUGAUCGAGCGCGGCGCCCUCAUGUACAUGGACGGCGAGAACUCCAACCUGUCCUCCGAGACGGACAGCAGUGACAGUGACAGCAGCUACGGCUGUGACAGUGAUAGUGAGAGUGACAUCACAGAUGUGUCCCCCUUGAUCUCCGCCACGGCGAGUCCCCUGGGCCUGUCCCCCGUCCUGCCCCGCCGCACGCUGGGCACGUCGCCCCUGGCACUGCACGACAACAGGGACCUGGCCCUCGAGUGCCGUGAGGACGACAGCCCCGGGCACGACCAGGGCUACGACUCCCAGCCGCACUGCAACGGCUACAGCAACAGCGACGACUCCACGGACAUGACCCUGCUGCUGAAGGCGGUGGUGGAGCUGGAGAGGAAGCAGCAGCGCAACCGCCGCUCCAACGGCCACCACCAGUACCACGGCCGCCAGUGCCACAACCAGCAGUACCACCUCAACCAGCCCUCGUCGCCCGUCACCAUCCACCCCAUAGACGCCAGCCCCCACCACAGUCACCUCCGCGGCUCGCACCACAGGAGGAAGAACAUGUCCUUCUCCAACGACGAAGUGCGGAGAAUCGACCGCGAGAACCAGAUCCUCCUGCACAAAAUCAUGUCUGCGCACAACCGCAGCAGACAGCAUAACUCUUCCAACCAGAACAGCCGGUCCGUCCACAGACCCGCGAACUCUACUGUGACCAGGAGGAGAGAAGACGAGAAGAUUCGCAGGGAAAACAUGAUCUUGCUGCGAAAAAUCCAGGAGGCCAAGCCUUCUCGGGAUGUAACUGCAUCUCGGCCACCCCGUCAUAGGACAACGCAUGGCCUCCGUCCACCCUCAAGCCUUCCUACCACUCCAGGAUCCUGCGGAGCCUCGGCCCGCACAGCUCCAGGCCAUGUGAACACACCAACUCCACGGAAAGAGACGGCUCUCUGAAUUAGCCACCAAGUAAUAACUUCAGGUAAUUCAUGGCAUAUGAAGCUUGUAAUACUGCUGAUUACAGUUUUCUUGUACUCAAGUUGCCAAUAAUAGUUGACAGGGAGGUUCUUCCAUUAAGAGAACAAUGACGUUCCUUUAUGGAGUUAAAUGUGCUGUCUAUAUUCCAAUAUGUCACAUGAAGGUGUCCAGUUUGUAAUGUUAAUUUCUUUUGCUAUCAUGAAAAUGGCCCAGUUUUAUUUCCUUGCACUAAGGAUCAUUUAGGUGUACAUUCUUGUAAUGAAGUUUCAGCAUUAAGACAAAGUUCAUACUUGUGCAACUGUUGACCCCAUUGUCCAGGUCACCACACAUUAUACUUAUACAAAUAUGCAUUGAAAUGUACAGUUGCUUGGUGUUACGUAGAGGUUGCUCUCACUUUAGUGAGUGAAUAAAUGAUUGGUAGAGCAAAAUAACAUAUACGGAUUCAUAAUGAUAUCAGUGUGGCAAGUACUGUGAAGGUUCUUUUGGUACAAGAUCAUUUUCUUCUUUCUCAGUGUUUUUUGCUCUUUCACUUUUAUUUAUUAUUUACUUUUCCCUAUGCAGAAAUUCAAUCGAAUCUGUUGUAGAUAAACUUUCCAUCUUUCGAUGCAUCCAAACUCGUCAUAAGCAUUUGAGUGCAUUUAGUUAUAUGCAAAGUUUGUUUUAAGGUGUGAAAUCUGAAAUUUCUGUUUAGGGUUGUUAGGUUUCAUGAUAAGAAUGAACUUUGUAUUAAAUGUGUGACAGGAAGCUCAAAUAGGUGGUCAGCCCAUAUUGUGAUUAUUUGGAGUGAAAUGGAGUUUACAGCUGGAAAUGUAAACACAUUAGAAUUAUGGGGUUACUAUCACUACCUCUCUAGCAAAAAUAUCAAUGCUUUAAUUCAUAAUCUAAAGACAUAAAUUUCCCACAAAGUGAAUGCAUGUUAAAGACCUCGUAAGAGUAAUUGAAAACUUGAUAGUUUACUGCAGCUAUUAUUACAUUCCAUUUUUUGAUGCAUCAGAGUUCCCCAGUGUACUGUAGCUAUGGUCCUGUAUCUGAAUCAUCAAGACAUAUUUGGUAGUCAUUUUGAUCAACGAAGAAAGACCAUUGGAUGUAGUAUGUGGUGUAACGGUGUGAGUUGUACGUAUGCAGCAGUCAAGGUUGAUGGCUUCUGUUAUGUGAGAACAUUAACAUUGAUGUGUUCCAAAUGUGUUGUUGUUGUUGUAUAUAGCAUUUUAAGGGAUGAGUUGAAGAUGAUUAUCCUUAUGGAGUAGAUGUGAGCAUAAAAAGGGAUUCCAGCCAGGCAGUUUGGCAGCUUACAGCAGUGACUGCCUUUUCUCACAAGUAUCAAAACAUCUGCUUCACGAUAAGCCUGUUCUCAUGUUUGCUAGUUGGGAAUAGGAGAUGAAUUUCAUUCUCACAAAGAAAUGUGGAGCUCCAGCUAGAGAAUGGAUUGCCAAAAAGGAUGCACACUCAUGCUCGCAUUUAUUUCAUUUGAAUUAUCCUCUGCUCAACUCGACGUGUGGUAAUUCUUGUGUUCAGUUACUAUGGACUUCUCAUGUAUCUCGCUGCAGUUCAUGCCUCAGUCUCAGAUCUCCUAGGAUUGGUGGAAGUGAACAGGGUUAGUUAGAUAUUAAACAAUUUUGAGUCCAUGGCAUUAAGGCAGGAGACAGGAACAGUCAUGCAUGUGGAGGUGUGAUAACGGAAGUUUAAUUUCUAUUAAUAUUAUGCUUAGCACUUUAAGGGAAAUGUCUUUAGUAAUGGACUUGGUGCGCCAAGGGAGAGAGGUAGCAAAGCGAGAAUAUUCUCUUUGUAGUUUAUUCUUGCAUUACUAGCUACCAACUCUCUAAAGCAAGUAAUUGUCUUUAUAGGCAAUUGAUCUAUUACUGAUGCACAUCAAUAUCAAUAUUUAUCUGGCUUAAAUAUUACCUUUCAACAGGUAAUCUCAUAAUUUGAACAGUUUAAUUUGCUAAAGAGUAACCUUCUUCUAAGGUAACAAAUGUAUUUAUUUAUAACCUCUGGAACAUUAUUUUUUUCUUUUUUCCGAGAGCGAGAAAGAAACCUACGAGUUGAAAAUAAUUGGUUAUGGUAGGUUUUGGCACAAACUUGAAACAGCACCUUCCCCUCCAGGUUGAGCUUAUAGGCACAAAGAAGAAGCAGAAAACCAGUAAUGUUGUGUAAUAUGGCAUCAAUACUUAAUGUCAGUAGUAAAUGCCACUGCAGUAUCAACUAGUGACGGGUAUUUGAUUAUUUUCUUUUAUUUUGUGUGGCCGCCAUUGUAAUGAGAGGAUAAGAAACUGUAUUGUGUGUCACUAACAGUCUUUAAUCAUACAAGGAGGAUGAAAUCAACAAUUUAUCAUGUGAAUAAAUAGAUAUAAUAAUAUAUACUGCCUUAUGAAUGUGACAGGGAUGAGGCUCCAUUGUUAACCUCAGCUGGUCCUUCCAUAAGGUAAGUUUUACCCCCAUCAAGGGUAGAACGCCUGCUUCAAUACCACCCUGGGUGCAUAAUGCCUCAUCUCGUCUCAUAAAUUUCAUCCUUAUUAAUCUAGUCAGAUGAUCUUAUUCAGUGAGUUUUAACAUCUUCAGUUUAAAAAUUCUUGAACAGCACUUCAUCUACACAAACACAUGUUAGUACAUUGAUUUAAAAUUUUAUAUAUAUAUAUAUAUAUAUAUAUAUAUAUAUAUAUAUAUAUAUAUAUAUAUAUAUAUAUAUUUAUAUAUAUAAAAUAAAGAUAUGUAUGUAAAAAAAAAAUCCCUUAAAAAAAAAUGAAAGGGUGUUCAUAAUUUGAAUUUUUCUCUACAUUUUGGUAAACGAUGAAAAAUAGAGAAUGAAGUGCCGGAAGAAUUUAGAUCUGAAUAUGUCUGUUAUGCUUCCAAGUGUCAAUAAAGUUAUGUAUUGAUCUCUUUAUUGUGUGCAGCAGCUCAUAAAUUUCAGAAAAUGAAAAGAAAUGAAAAGAAAAAAAAUAUAUAAGAAAAAAAAAAAUUAUAAGAUUUGCAGUUUGUGCACACUUUUAGUGAAAAAAAAAAGCUUAUGUGUUAUUGUGAAGGUGAUGUGCCAUAUUGAAAAUAGAAAUGGCACAGAAGUGUAUAGGGACCAUUUUGAAAACGGUUGAUCAGUUUUGUAUAUUCCACUAGCAUCGCAUUGUUAUCAGGCUUUGUAAGAUAACUCGGCAUUUUUUUUGUUUUUCAUAUUUUUGUUUUUAUUGGUUAUUUUACCAUUCAUUUUUAUAGCAGGUUUCAUAUAAAAAUGCAAAUGACUUAAAGAGCAAUAAAAGUAUCCCAGAUAAAAUUACUUGGUGUAAGAGCAAGUAAUUUCCUCAUAGGUUGUAAAAAAAUUUAUACUUUAAAUUGUUUGUUUAAGGUCAACAUGAAAGCCAUUUUAAUUCUGAUUUAUGUAAAUAUAUGUAACUUGGUAUAACCUAUAUAUUUAUCUGUAUUAAUUUUCUAAAUGUAAAAUAACUGUAUGGAUUUUUAAGAAAUUAUUUUUUUUAUUACAUUUUUUUUUUUUUUUUUCUCUCCCUCUUCAUCCUGCCUUUCUUCAUAUUAAAUGCUGCCCCUUGGAUAAUUGUUGUACAAGGCAGAAACCAGAAGACCAUCCUGGAUGUUGUGAGCUGCUUAUUGUUGAGUUGUGAUUUAUGUAAAGGAGAUGUUGUGUGGAAUAUGAAAUGACCAUUUUAAAACUGGAGACAAUUUUCACGGCCGUUAAGAUUACUUGUAAAUAUUUUUUAUACUUGUCUUUCAUUGUCUGUGAAAACUUUUGAACAAUAAAAACUACUGUUGAAAA